UAAUUUUUUUAUCCAAAAUUCAAGAUCAACUCUUCAACCUUACAACAAUUACGAUUUUAAUGUUGAAAUCCUUAACCGACUACGAACCUAAUUUUUUUUUUUUUUUUUUUAAAAGAAGGUAAUUGCGCCUUAAAUGAAAUUAUACAAUUAGGCUAGGGGAUGAAAAUACAAAAUUACUCCUGAAAGAGAAACAAAAGAUUACAAGAGGAUCAAAACGGCGGCAAUUAGCCGAACCUACACAUUCUCUCUGAUAAAAAAAAUUGAGUUUAAGGUACACUUAUCUUGCUGUUUUUGGUGUUUCUUCUUGCAUAAUUGUGAUUAAUACUUCCAUAAAUGGCCUUAAAUCUUACUGAAAGAGGAACCCAUGAAUCUGAAAACCCAAUUGAAUUGUCUCUUAGAGAAGCUUUUGAGUUUCUUAAACCCCAAUUAAACCCCCCAUUUACCUUAAAAGUCCUAACACAAGAGGAAUAUUCAAACCUGAAUAAAGCUAUAAUCUUUGGCAUUUUAACCCAACCCCAUUUGGCUAAAGUUCAUAUUAAGCACCUACAUGCAAUUAAUACUGAUGGGUAUUGUUUCUUUACUUGUAUGCUUAUCAAGAUUGUUGAUGAAAUUUAUGUAAAGUUGGUUGAUUCAGUGAAAAUUCAGCUUAUGUGGGUUACUAAAGAGAUGUUGAAUGUAUUGGCUAUAGGGUUUGAUAAAUUGCUAGUGGCUCUUUUAAGGCAAAUUAUUAGUGGGGAUUUUAGUGAGGGUAAUUUGUGGUUGUGUUUAGAGAUGGUUACAAUUUUUUUAGCCAAUUGGGAUUGUUUAUUAGAGGAAGAACCAUCGGUUUUGAAUAAGGGUUUAUAUGUGUUCCUUCGGUUAUUGACCGAUCAUUAUAGAGUACAAAGUAAUCCAAUGAUGGAUGCAUUGAAGAGAAUGGAGGUUCAGUUUUGUGUUCGACUUUUGAGGGAACAAUUUUCAUUGUGUUUGAAGAUAGGGAGGGACUUAAUUAGGCUUUUGCAAGACUUGGUUCAUAUACCUGAGUUUAAAAUGAUAUGGAAAGAGUUGUUAUUGCAUCCAGGACAGUUUAGAGCGGAGGGAUUUGAAGAUAUUUCACAAAUUUACCGCACAAAAACUCCAAGUUCGUACUUUUUGCUUCGAAUAACUCCUGAAAUGGAAACCAAAUUGAGGUUUUUGCUUACACACGUCAAGUUUGGUAGUCAAAAGAGGUACCAGGUUUGGUUCGCGAAGAAGUUCCUUGGAGUACCUGAGAGAGAAACUGUCUUAAUUGACAUUGUUAGGUUUAUAUGCUGUUCAGUUCAUGCAUCCAGUGAAAUUACGCAACCAGACAUCUUACCUAGAUGGGCUGUGAUUGGUUGGCUGUUGAAGUCGUGCAGGAAGAGUUAUGUCGAAGCAAACUUAAAGCUUGCAUUGUUUUAUGAUUGGCUUUUCUUUGAUGAAACGACUGAUAAUGUUAUGAACAUUGAACCUGCAAUUCUUUUGAUGGUGAACUCUAUACCCAAGUAUAUUGACGUGACCCAUACUCUUCUCGAGUUCCUACUAAUUGUGGUUGACAACUAUGAUAUUGAGAGGAAGGAGAUGAUCUCCAAAGGGGUGUCAACAGCUCUUUCUACACUUGUUAAAAAAGGAAUUGUUGGUUCACUUGAUGUUUUGACUCGAUGCGACUUGAUAGCAACAGUCCUUAGGGAAAUGCUUGGCAAAUUGGUAUUGGUCAUGCAAGGUACCCAUUCCAAAAAUUUAGGACCAUCCAGUAUCAUCCAUGAUAUGUCACCACCACCUUUCCAUUUUCUCUCGUCAAGCUCAGGAUCCCAACACCCUAAGAGGGUAAACUGAAAUUAACUGUGUGUCAUCGCAGGCAUAUUUAGGGCAGAUUUAAUGCAUCUCUUUCGCCUCCCGGAGAAUUGCUUGUGGUCUUUUUUUUCCAAUUAGGCUAUAAAGUUUCACUCAAGUGGAUGAAAGUUUCAAGGAGAAGUUUGAAAUCAAGGUGAUAGGGAAAACUUCUUUUUCUCUCCCUGAAGAAUUGCUUAUGAGCUUUUUGCUCCAACAGGCUGAAGUUGCACUCAAGUGGAUGAAAGUUUAUAAGGAAAAGUUUAAAAUCAAGGUGAUAGGAAGUUUCUCAAGGUAAUACUUGAAUACCUGAAGAUAAAUGUUCACCGUCAUGUUGCUAUAAGUUUCUUUAGGUCUUGAGUAAUGCACAUUCCUCUCGUUGUUAUGCUUUUAUCAGGUAUUCUCUAUUCCCAGAGUAGCCCGGUUUUGUUAAUAGUUCUGCAUUCUGCAGUUCUCGAAUUGCUUAAACGGGGAUACACAUGAUACAUCUUCAACAACGCUUCGUUCAUAUACAAUUUUAAGUUAAGCGAUUUGGUUAUCUCAUCCGUGUGAGAGUUGAUCACGAAUAUUAAGUUGCAAAAUCUAUGCCUUUGUACCCUUACUAUAUAACCCUUAUAUGUACUCUCCACAAACUCUUUUUCCCCAUUUUUUUCAGGGAAGUCCUUCUAAUCCUGUCGACACUCUAUUUUUACCUGCAUCAGCAGUGGAGAACUUGAGUUAAGAAAGCUACAUUUCUUGGCUUAUUCUUUCUUUGCAAGCAAAGGGGCCAUGAAACAGGGAUGAAAGUGACACCUCCUUAGAUGAACAUGUUCUCUCAAGCCUCUACCUCGUCUAUAGUUAGUGAUGUUUUGCAGAAUGGGAAGUGGAGAUGGCAAUUGGCACAUAGAAGAAUAAAAUAGAAGUUAUACUACUUUGUGAAAUUCGCUUGUUAACAUGUGCCUAAAGCUAGUUGUAUGGAUUCAGUAAGAUGGAAGUUUGAAGGAGAAGGUUGUUCUACUAUCUGAAGUGUGUGUAACAUUUUCAGGCAUAAUGAAUUAGCAGGUGUAUUGACAAUCCCUAGGCAAGUGGUCGGUGGAAAUCUUGCUGCUGACCAGCAAGAGGUACUUCUUUCUACUAGUAAGCUUCUUCAAGCAAUACUUGAUGUAAUAUCAAGUAAUGGAUGGCUGAAUCUAGCACUUCUAGCAAUGGAAACGAGCCAGAUGAUCACUCAAGGAGUGUGGGAGCGUGAUUCUAGGCUUCUCCAACUCCCACACUUCACAAAAGAAUUGGCUAAGAGGUGCCAAGGGAAUCCAGGAAAGAGUAUAGAGACUGUGUUCGAUUUAGUGGAGAUGGAAGAAAACGAGAGGCGUGAGCUCUUGCAAAUGUCAGAAUCACUGCUUAUGGACAUUUAUGGUUUCUGUAACCAGUAUCCAGACAUUGAUUUGACAUAUGAUGUGCUGGAUGGUGGUAAGGUGAGAGCAGGAGAUGAUGUGACUUUACAGGUAACUCUUGAACGAAAUCUUGAGGGUAGAACUGAGGUUGGACCUGUGUUUGCGCCUAGAUAUCCUAAAGACAAGGAAGAAGGAUGGUGGCUUGUUGUUGGCGAUCCUAAAAGCAACCAAUUAUUAGCUAUUAAGAGGGUUACUCUCCAGAGAAAGUCAAGGAUCAAGCUUAAUUUCACCACCCCUGCUGAAGCUGGAACGAGGGAGUACACUCUCUAUUUCAUGUGUGAUUCUUAUCUGGGUUGUGAUGAGGAACAUACUUUUGCACUUGAUGUGAAAGAGGCAAUGGCUGAAGACAACAGUUGAAGAGCACAACCUAAUUCCAGUUCCUGUAUCACUUGGUUCAUCAGUCAGAGGAGAUGAAGUUGGCACUACUUGAGCCACUAUGUUGGUUUUUGGAAGCAGUGUCUUUUUCUUUUGACUUCUCGGGAACCAGAGAGGAGAGAACUGAUUCAUUUUCAUUGCUGAGGAGGUGGUGUAAGGGGAUAGAGAUCCACCACAAGGAUGUGUACCGCCGUUACUUGUGAGCCAAUGUGGCGUUCUGUCAGGGAACUCCAUGAAUGGCCUAACUGAGAAAUGGGGUUUUGUUUGUCGGCUGAAGACCACAGAGGAAUGUCGCAUCUGAUAGCCACCAUCCAUUUUUUCAAGGUUCACAAACCUGAGAUCUGUUUCUGUUAUUUCCUGUCUGUCUUUUUCAUGCUGCACGGUGCCCUGAACCUGCACAAAUAAGAUCAUUCACAUUUCUUCUCUACUCUUGGAAAAUUCACGUAGACCCCUUAGAUUGAGAAAUGAGCCUCAUUUUAGAGCCAUGAGUCAAUUGUCAAUCUAAGUAAAAGACAGUUUAAACUGCCAAUCAUGUUUUUAGUGACAAAUUAACUACCUUAUGGAAAAUAUAAUGACAACAGAUCCUUCUACCUUUAGU